AGGAAUGCGCGCGAAUAUUUCAAUCCUUCUAAUGACAUUGACAGCUGUCAGUUAGAGAUGUGACGUUUAUGCCAAUAAAUUAGUGUUGCGCCAAUUCUACAACGCGUUACGACAUAACUCCAAACACAUUUAUGACGUGUUUAGAAGAUCAAGAUAUCAGAGUGACCGAUGUAGCGUAUUGUAAACCGUACAAGACUCCAUAUAUCAAAUCUAAAUAUCGGACCAUAGAUGGCACUUCAAACAACGUGAAGCAUCCAGGCUGGGGACGAGCGGGCGCGCCGUUUUCCAGAAUUGCCGCCCCGAGAUACAGCGAUGGUAUCUACGCUAUGCCAUUAGCAGUAAGCGGCCGGCCCUUGCCGAACCCGAGGGCGUUGUCGACGCAACUAUUUGCGGACCGGUCCGUUGCGAGCCGAACCCUCUCUUACAUGAACAUGCAAUGGGGACAGUUCGUUACACAUGAUUUACUGUCUCAAGCUAUGGAAGUUAAUGAUGAAGGAGGUAUCCAAUGCUGUUACGGAGGAGGGCGGGACGUGCUGCCCCAGGAGUGGCAGAACGACAAAUGUAUUCCGAUCUGCAUACCAGAAGACGACCCGUUUUAUAAACAGCACGGUAUUCGUUGCAUAAACUUUGUAAGGAGUGUUACAACGCCUAGAGAUGACUGCAGCUUGGGGUAUGCGGAACAGAUGAAUACAGUGACGAGUUUCCUCGAUGGUUCUCCUCUGUACGGCUCGGACCCAAUUCUCGCCAGUAAACUGAGGGAGAAGAGUGGCGGCAGACUGAAGGAGAAGACCAUAAAGGGAUGUCAGCGCGGCUUCCUGCCGACUGCUGAUGCAAAGACUUGUGAUUUAAGGAACGCAUCAGAUCCUUGUUAUCUUGCUGGAGACCGCAGAGUGAACCAGACUCCAACGUUAGCAGUGAUCCACACGCUGCUUCUGAGAGAGCACAACCGAGUGGCUGAUAUCCUGAGCUCCCUCAACCCGCUGUGGACUGACGAGAAGAUAUACCAGGAGGCGAGGAAGAUAGUCAUAGCGGAAAUACAGCAUAUUACGUACCAGGAAUGGUUGCCUUUGAAUUUUGGUGAGAGUUACUUGCGGUACUACCGUAUUGUACCGAGCGCGCUGCACACCCGCGACUACAACCCCGAUGUGAACCCCAGCGUGGUAGGCUCCUUCGCUGCUGCAUUCCGCUCACUGCACUCCGUCAUACCGGACUCCUUCCUCACCUGCCCCAGUACGUACCACUGCGCGUAUAUGUACAAACUAAGCGACCACUACUUCAACCCUGCGCUAGUGGAAUCUACCACAGAGUCGUUGGACGACAUAGUGCGAGGUAUCCUCAUGCAGAGCUCAGCGGAGUCUGACGCGUACUGCACGCGGGAGAUCACCAACUUGCUGUUCAAGUUGAACAACCAGUGGGGGAUGGAUCUCAUCGCUAUGGAUAUACAAAGGGGGAGGGAUCAUGGAUUGGCUUCAUACAAUGAUUACAGAGAGACGUGCGGCUUGAAAAGAGCAAACAAUUUCCAAGAUCUAUCAGGAGAAAUACCACAAGAUCGUAUAAAUGCACUCUCCCGAGUCUAUGAGUCCGUAGAUGAUAUAGACUUAUUUGUUGGUGGCAUUAUGGAGAAGGGUGUCAAGGGGUCGAUCCUGGGGCCAACCUUCCAAUGCAUUGUAGCUGAACAAUUCUACAGGACAAGGAUUGGUGAUAGAUUCUUUUAUGAUAAUGGGGAAAUGCCGCAUUCGUUUACACCUGAACAACUAAAAGAAAUAAAGAAAGCGUCUAUGGCGCGGUUGAUCUGUGACAACACGGAUGGCGUUUAUUACGUGCAGAGGAAAGCAUUCGAGAUGGAAUCUACUCAUAAUCCGAAAUACAGUUGCACGGAUUAUGAUGCUAUACCUUUUGUGGAUUUAACAGCUUGGAAAAGACCCAUACUUGAGUUGUAUGAUUAAUUAAAAUUAAAUUUUAUUGUCACUCUUGU